UGAGUCUCAGAUAGACUACGGCCCUCCAGGUAGGACUCGGCAAGAAGCUCGCAACUUGUCUGAAGUGGAGCCUAAAGUUCCAAGGUUUCCUCAGGAUCAAAGCUGAGCCGAAGCCACACUAACGUGGCCCUUGUACGAACCUGCUCUUCAGAAUACACCACAUUUACUGAACUGCUUACCACUUUGGCUCCCAUUGGGACGCCAAGAUGGGACCUUUUACCGCCAAGAGGUCCAGCGCUUUCUUAGCUCCUGUCAGGCUGGCGUUGCUUCUGGUGUCUCUGGUUCUGCUGAGCCCUUUUGCAGCGGGGGCGCCUCAGCCGUUUGACAGAUUGGGAGCUGGAAGCCGGCGGGAGAUCAUUGCUGCGAACUCCUUCCUUUCCUCGAAUUCCGGCGGACGCCGUCUGUUUCAGACAAGCAGCACAUCCUCUGGUUGCACCAUCACGUUCCAGGGGGCUUCCGUCACAUUCCAGGUCUGCAUAGCAGACUCCUCGGGUUUUACUUUCCGGUGGAACGACCAAGGCUCAAAUGUCGUUCAGAUCUCAGUCUCGGACCAGAGUGGGGGUUGGAUCGGCUUUGGGAUCGGCGCGCGGAUGGUCGGCUCAAGCGCUGCCAUCGCUUUUCCAGCCUCUGGCGGCAACUCCGCCGGGGGGGUCUACGCCAACACUUACUACUUGGGGGGGGAGAGAAGUAGCGAGGUUAAUCCAGGGGGCAAUUUGCAGCUCAGCACUGAUGGAGUGGAAGCCGAAUACACCGGGGGGGUUAUGACCAUGCUUUUCACGCUAACCCUCGCAAGCGGCCAGUACCCGACUUCGAGUGUCAUCUUUGCGCGGGGGGUUGCGGGCAACCCGAGCACGGGAGCGAUCCCCGAGCACACACAGUACUACCAGGGCAGGCUAACGUGGCAGGUUGCAACCACGGCGCCAACAACGGCCCCAACAACGGUUUCCGGUUCCGGCAACUCUAGCACUUCCUCCACUUCCGCCCCGACAACAAAUUCCGGUUCCGGCAGUUCCGGCCCCGGUCUCACCAUCGAGAGCGGCCAGACGACAAUGACUAAGGUGCACGGUAUCAUUCAGAUGAUAGUCUGGAGCGUUAUCUUCCCCCUCGGGAUCAUCGCCGCCCGGUUCUUCCACCACAUGGACCCCCUCUGGUGGCACCUCCACCGCGCGAUCCAGGGCUUAGGGUUUAUCGGCUUCGCGGUCGGCCUCGGGCUGGGGCUCAAGUCGAAGGCGGCGCAGAGCGGCGCGAGCGGCGUCCACACAAUACUGGCCAUCGUCUUGCUGGUCGCCAUCUCGCUUCAGAUCCUGGCCGUCGUUCUCCGGCCCAAGAAGGACGCCAAGGUCCGCUCCGCCUGGAACCUUUACCACCACUGGCUCGGCCGCUCCGCCAUCGUUAUCGCAAUCGUCAACAUCUACAUUGGGCUGAACUUAUACAACGCCAGCUCGGAAAUAACCACAGCAUACACCGUGAUCUGGGUUGCCGUCGCUCUAGUUUAUUUGGCGCUGGAGGCCUAUUGGCGGAUCCGGGGCCCGUGGAGCAAGGGCUACGCCAGCAAGCAAGCGCUGCCCACUUCCGUUCCAUCCGGUGGUUCCGUUUCCGCCGUCAACGGACCGGCGAUGCCCCGUGGUCCGGAGCCCAGUGCGCCCGCGAUUGUGCGCCCGAGUUAUCCGCCAGCUCGGAAGGAUGCGGCGUACUAAUAUUUGUGGUUGUCCAUAAGGAAAGGCUUAGCUGAACAAAGAUACUAUUUAGACUAUUGGGCUUGCGAUUGGGCUUGCGAUUGACGCUGCGCAGAAGUACGAGUUGAUAUCUAUUGAAGGACAUGCACUAGAAUUAAGUACAACAAACUGCUGAAGCGAAAACUUAUCUUUUAACUAACCAGAAAGAUAUGGUCUCGGUAUAUAGUGAAAGGCAAUCGUUACAAAGCAAGUUAUUCUAGUACUAUGAAAGCGUGAACGAUCAGAUUCAUGAUUCAACUGGCUAUUGCUAUCACGGACAGUUGAUUUAUGAAUCUGCAUGCGAAUUGACAAAAAACAUAUAGCCGUGUUUGAAGGUAUUGCCUAUCAUUGGAUCCGGCAGGCUAGUCUGUUAUCGUCGAUAAUAUUGAGCGAGC